AUUGGCUGUGGCCGUGUCAGGUUACCAGGGUCAGCACGCCGGUCAGAAAUCAUGGAAGAAAAGGGCGUCUCCCCCCUGAAGCACUUUGUGCAGGCGAAGAAAGCCAUCACCUCCAUCUUCGAUCAGCUAGUAGACUACAUCAGUGAUGGCGUUACAUUUGUAGAAGAAACCUAUCGAAAUCCAGAAUUAAGAAACAUCACAUCAGAAGAUGACUUGAAGGAGAUUCAGGGUUAUAAAAAGAAACUGGCUGGGAUUGGGGAAGUUUUGUCACGCAGACACAUGAAGGUGGCCUUCUUUGGCAGAACGAGCAGUGGUAAGAGCUCAGUGAUAAACGCCAUGCUGUGGGACAAGGUCUUGCCCAGUGGCAUAGGACAUACCACUAACUGCUUCCUUAGUGUGGAGGGGACGGAUGGAGACAAAGCUUACUUGAUGACAGAAGGUUCUGAGGAGAAAAAGAGUGUAAAGACUGUGAAUCAGCUGGCACAUGCCCUUCAUAUGGAUAAAGAUUUGGAGGCGGGUUGUCUUGUACAUGUCUUCUGGCCCAAAGCAAAAUGUGCACUUCUUAGAGAUGACUUGGUUCUUGUAGACAGCCCUGGAACAGAUGUGACUACAGAGCUAGACAGCUGGAUCGAUAAGUUUUGUCUUGAUGCCGAUGUAUUUGUUCUGGUGGCUAAUUCAGAAUCUACACUUAUGAACACGGAAAAACAUUUCUUUCAUAAGGUCAAUGAGAGACUUUCUAAGCCAAAUAUUUUUAUCCUAAAUAAUCGCUGGGACGCGUCCGCCUCUGAACCAGAGUACAUGGAUGAUGUGCGCAAACAACACACUGAGCGGUGCCAGUCUUUUUUGGUGGAUGAAUUGAAAGUAGUAGAUCGUUCAGAGGCACAAAAUCGCAUAUUUUUUGUUUCUGCCAAAGAAGUUCUGAGUGCCAGGAUGCACAAGGCACAGGGGAUGCCUGAGGCUGGUGGAGCUCUUGCUGAGGGAUUUGAGAUCAGGUUCUUGGAGUUUCAGAGAUUUGAAAAACUGUUUGAGGAAUGUAUCUCGCAGUCAGCAGUGAAAACAAAGUUUGAGCAGCACACUAUCAGAGCUAAACAUAUUACAGAUACUGUAAAAGACAUAAUGGAUGCCAUUAACGUGGAGGCUGCUGAUAAAAGGGUGAAGACGAUAGAAAACAGAGAAUACCAGGUGGACAGGCUAGAGUUCAUACAGAGUCAAAUGAAGAUCCUUUCUGAAGAUGUCCGGAAAAGAAUCGUGUACAUCACCGAGGUGGUGAACAAACAGGUUUCAGACACUAUGAUGGAUGAGAUCUGCCAUCUAUCUCUUCUAGUGGACAAGUUUGAAGGAGACUUCCACCCAUCAGCACAGUUUCUCAAGCAUUAUAAAAAUGAACUGAAUACCCACAUAGAGAAAGGAAUGGGGAGAAAGCUGGCAGACCGCUGUUCUGAUGCCGUGAAUUCUUCUAUAUGUAAAGCACAAGAGGACAUUAUAGAAAACUUAAAGCCUUUGCUGCCAUCUGCUGUCCAAAGUGAAUACACCACAUGCCUACCAUGCAAGAAAUUUGAUCUCAGUUAUAAUUUAAACUGUGAGAUGUUGUGCAGUGAUUUCCAAGAAGACAUUGAGUUUCGUUUUUCUCUUGGUUGGACGUCGCUUGUUAAUCGGUAUUUAGGUGCCAAAAAUACCCGAAUGUUGCUAGGAUUAACGGAUCCAGUUUUUCAGAUCCCACGACCUGUAAGCACCCCCACCACGUCAUGUAACCCUGCCCAAACUCCUGAAGCUGUAUCCCAAGAAGAGCUAAUGGUUACAGUGAUGUCUGGAUUGGCAUCACUAACAUCAAGAGGUUCUAUGGGUGUCAUAAUCGUUGGAGGAGUGAUCUGGAGAGCUGUGGGCUGGAAGCUGAUUGCCUGCUCACUUCUAGCCUAUGGAGGCUUGUACACGUACGAGAAGCUGACGUGGACCACAAGAGCGAAGGAAAAGGCUUUCAAACAACAGUUUGUGAACUAUGCUGCCCAGAAACUGCAGUUGAUAGUUAGCAUUACCAGUGCCAACUGCAGCCACCAAGUGCAGAAGGAGCUGGACAACAUCUUUACCAAACUCUGUCAGCAAGUAGAUAUUACUCAGAGGGGUCUACUGGAAUCCAUUAAUAGAGAGUCAGAAGAAAUAAGACAGCUUGAGAAAGUUCAAAGCCAAGCCAAGGUCUUAAGAAAAAAAGCUGUACACCUUGAGAAUGAGCUGGAUCACUUUACCAAAAUGUUCCUCAACCAAAAUAAGUAAAGGUGGGGAUGCAGAGGAUGGUUCACACUUAUUCAAGCACCGAGAUGACGAUUCCUGGUCACGGUACACUGUAUUCUAUCACUCAUCUGCCAGGACUUUCUGAGCUGUAAUGUGAAGGAACUAGCAUGAAUCUGUGAGAGGAUGGCAUUAUUACCUCCUGCUGGACAUAACUCUACACAUUCUACGUAUCUCGCAUUACCUUGCAGAGCAGUCACGUUAUAUUGACUUCGCGAUCAGAAAAUAUUUCUUCAUUUUUGUAAAGUAAAAAAUUGCUGAUUUGCCUAAAUCCAUUGUGAUUUGAGAAAAUAUCAAGGUUCAUUUACGUAUUUAUUUUAAUAUAUGAUGAGAGAUCAAAACUUUAUAUUCAUUGUUUCAAAUAAUUGUUAAAGGUUGACAAAGAACCCCCACCCCUCUUUUCUACCACUCAGGUACAACGGCAGAGAUGUUCACAGCAAUGUCCCCACGUUGUGGGAUACCAUAGUCAGAAUAGCAGUGUUAAUGGCAUUAGUUAAAGGAGAACUCUUCAUUAUAUUUAUGUUCAGUCAUAUGUGUUCUGGAAAUGCCGCAGUCACUUCCUGUUAAAGGCAUUUCUCUAAUGUGGGCAAGUCCUCAGUAAUGAUGAUGUGACGAGACAGAUGGCAAUAUAUACGAUCCAAAAAUAAACACUGCCCAUGUAAUCUGAAGGCCAAAAGUGAUAUGGAAUUUAAUAAACUGUCCAGUGGCGCUAAUGAGCCCUUUUCAAGCAUACAUAACACUGGCCAUGUGCAGGUAUGCAUACAUAAUGAUGACCUGCAGAGAUCUCAUAGGACUCCAUAGCAAAACUUUCUAUAGGACCCCCUGCCCCACCUAGUUUCCCAGUACGCAUGCGUCAGACACUCCCUGGCAACGCAAAGCGCAGCGCCCAAGAUUUCUGCCAAAUCUACAAUUUUUGAGUUUAUUAAGCAGUAGGAAUUUUAGUGUGUAAAAAAAAAAAAAAAAGUUGCGCUCACCCACUUUAUGUAGGAAAAAGUGGAACAGGUGUUUAAAAAUAUUGUGCUCAUCCUGAACAGCAUAUUUCUCAGCUACAUAAAUACACUGAUCAUAUCGCUCUAAAUCACUGCUUCCCAUAGGAAUUGUUACGGUUACCAUUGACUGCAGUGGAAGCUGUCAGACCCUCUCUGAACUGAGCUUCCCUAGUGCCAAACAGAAACGGUAGAAGCCGUUCAGCGCUGGGCCACAUAACAGUUCUGUGGUCUGCCUCUAUAGAAGGUAUGCCACUGGAUGACAUCAUAGGUUUGAGGCCAAAGGAACUGAUAUCCGUGGCAUCAGUAAGGGGACCUGUAUGUAAUGCAAUAUGUUAUGGAUAUUGUAAUAACUCAUUGUUAUGCAAUUUAAUUUUAUUGUAUUGGGUACACUUAUGAUGUCAUCAUUACGUAUCUAUACCUGCUCAUGUUCAGUGUUAUGUAUGCUUGGAAAAGGCUGCUUCUAGCAGAAACAUUGCAUCACUGGAUAGGUUGUUGAAUGAAAUUCCUUGUGGCUUCUUGCUUCAAAUUACAUGUGCUGCCUUCCUUAUAUUAUUUGACUGUGGACCAAGCCCACUUCAAGAUGUGCAUCAGCCAGACUUCUAUUCUAUACCAGGAAGUGCUACCCAGUUACAUCAUCUGGAGACAUGAUCACAUGUCACUUUAGAGAAGCCGCUUAAAAAAGAUUUAAUCACACGUUUACAGUUUUCCUACACUUGUAAGAAGUGGCACUGAUUUUUCUAUACAUUAUGUCUACUAAUGUAUAUAGCAGUUUGAGGCAGAAAACAAUAAAUUGCAGUUUUAUAUUUCUCA